AUGUCCACAAUCCAAGAAGAUUUCCAACUAGUUCUCAUAUCAACUCUUCUCUUUCUUGUUUUUUCUAGUUCAUGUGAUGCCCAACCCUUCAGGAGAUGUAAGUUUGAUUCAAUAUACCAACUGGGAGACUCCAUAUCUGAUACAGGUAACUUGAUUAUUGAGAGUUCACUAGGAGCAGCCACUCCAUGCUCUCGGCUUCCCUAUGGUGAAACCUUCUUCAAUGAGCCCACUGGUAGAUGUUCCAAUGGCCUCCUCAUGAUUGAUCAUGUUGCAUUGGAAGCUGGUCUUCCGUUUCUAAAUCCCUACUUGAAGAAGGACUCGGAUUUCAGCCAUGGAGUCAAUUUUGCCGUUACUGGUGCAACUGCAUUAUCAACAUCUUUUCUUGCAGCUAAGGGUGUAAUCUCUCCAGUCACCAACAGUUCUCUCAAUGUACAACUUGAUCGGAUGUCUAGUUUUUUCAGUUCCGCCUUUCACAAUGAUACAGAUCGGGCCCAAGAGCUUAAAGAUGCUCUCUUCCUGGUUGGAGAGAUUGGAGGGAAUGAUUUUAAUUUUGCCUUCUUCCAAGGGAAAACCAUAGAGGAGGAAAAGAGCAUUGUGCCUGACGUUGUCCAAAUUAUAAGCGAUGCAGUUAGAAGAGUCAUUCAGUAUGGCGCCAGACGAGUGGUUGUCCCUGGGAACUUCCCAAUAGGCUGUCUUCCGAUCUAUCUUACUGUAUUCAAAACCAACAACACGGCAGCAUAUGAUGAAUUCAACUGCUUAAAAGGGUUCAAUGAUUUUGCAGAAUAUUACAAUGAACGUCUGCAACAGGCCAUAGAGGAGUUGCGAAAUGAGAAUCCGGAUACAGUUAUCGUAUAUGCUGACUAUUACAAUGCAUUCCGAUGGCUUUUUCGUAAUGCUCUUUUUCUGGGGUUAGAUCCUGCGUCUUUGCUGAAGGCAUGUUGUGGGGUUGGGGGUGAGUACAACUAUGAUCGAGCCAGGACUUGUGGAGCUCCGGGGGUUCAAGCUUGCCCUGACCCAGAUAGGCUUGUCCACUGGGAUGGAAUCCAUUUGACACAGAAGGCGUCUAUGUUGAUAGCAAAAUGGCUCAUUCAAGACAUCUUACCUAAGCUUCAAUGCAAUGCUUAG